ACAUGUGCCAGGUCCCUGCCCACAAGCCUUUGGAGCUCCUAGGAGGGGUGUGGGUGAGGCUCAGGGAGCUGGUGGUUUAAAAAGCAGCAGAAACGCUGCCCUGAGCAGAACAUUCUGGUGGUUGGCACUAUGAAGGGGACACUGCUUGUGCUGGCCUUGCUGGUGACCCAAGAGCUGGGCAUCGAGAUGGUGAAAUCUUGCCCUAUUUUUUAUGUAAUCUUUGGUGCCGUGGCCGCUGGAGGGAAGUUACCGCUGGACGCCUGCCUUGAUCUAGUCAAUGCCACUGAACCAGAAAAAGUAGCCAUGGAAAAAAUCCAGGAUUGCUACAAUGAGAAGGGACUCAAAGCCAAGGCCUUGGAUCUGACUGUCAUGGCUACCAUCACCAUCGGCAAGCAAUGCAUCUCUGAAGCAGUGGCCCCAUUGAAGUAUGCCAUAACCUUGUUGGGGAGAUGAAUCUUUGCUCCAGAUGCCUGAUCUGAGCUCUGUCCUCCUGCUCUGUUCUUCACACCGGAAGCUGGAAUGCCCAUAGCUGUCCUCACCUCCUUCUGUCUCUAUCAGGCUGGCUGUAAUAACUGCAGCUUAGCGUUGCAU